UGCGCGCCAAAUCUUUCAAUCCUCUUCACGUCUGAUAUGGAUGCUCCAUCUUUCUCUCUCGGCAUUGAUCUUGACGAUGAAUCGGAGUUUCGAACACCUACCAUAAACAAUCUCCCUCCCUUCACAUCUCCUGAUUCUUCGGGUCUGCAUACAACCCGAGACGGCGAGGAUCUCGGACCCCAGGUCGCUGAUUCGGAUCCGGAACCCGAAACUUACCCAUCAAGACAGGUAUUCAAACGAUUAAAGAGAGGUCUAAACAUCGAAAAAUCUUCUACGAGCAAUAGGGAAUCAGAGCCGUUGAGUCGUACGAACGGCGGUGAUGACGACAUUGAGGAGUUCUCUUCACAGGAAGGGCUGCGUGGAGCCAAUGCUCCUACAUCAACACAAUACAAUUCUGUAUGUGGUAGUUCAAAGGUAUCAUUACAUGGACAUGGAGUUUUAACCAGUCAAUCGACAAGCCAGUGGAAUGUGAGGAAAAGGGCGCAGCCUUUGGAUGCUCCGGUUUCUGACGGGCUCGGGACUAUCCACUCCAGAUCAAUUUUCCCAAAGUUGACUGUAAGUCCUCUUCGAAGGUUCCAGUUACUUGAUUCUGAUUCUGAUGAUCCUUCUGUUAGUGAAGAUGCAUGCAGAGGUGCUGAUAGAAAUGAUCUAUCAUCAAAUGGCCAAGAACCUAGUACGAAUAGCAAAAAGAAAAAAGAAUCAGUUGGUAUGCCUCGGAUUGAUGAUUUAUGGAAAAAUUUCCGCCCAAACAGUUAUCAUAUCUCAACACCUGCUCUGGAUGAUGUUUGUGAAGAAUACUUCCAUUCUGUGAAGAAUAAUGAUGUAACUCAAGAAAACCCGAGUAAGAGAAGUUCAAUAGAAGAUAAAAGUUUCCAUCAAAGUACCAAUACCUCGCAGAACUAUGAGCAGUGCUGGGAUUUUGCUGAACCUCUUCCUUCAGCACACAAAUACUUUUUCCACAAUGAUCCAAGGAUCCAAAGAUUAGUCCGUAGACGUCUGCCCAACUUCUUCCCACUUGGCACUGUUAACAAAGGGGAGCAAGCUAGUGCAUCAGUUAUUGAUUACGUGAGUCAAUUUAGCAAUAAAGAAGCUUCUAAACGAGGAGGAACUCAAAAGAUUAUUGGCAAGCAAAGUUCAGGGAGGAAAAACAAAUCAAAACAAUUGCAGACUGAAGAAAAUUUGCCUUCUGAAGGUUGGGUGGACCCCAAAAAAAAUACGGCCAUUCCAAAAGAUGCUGGCAGAAGGCGAGUUCAAGCCCAAGGUCAAUCUGCUGGUAGUUGGUAUACAUCCCCAGAGGGUAGGAAGGUUUAUGUCACCAAAAAUGGGCAGGAGUUAACAGGUCAAAUAGCAUAUAGACAAUACAAGAAGGACAGUGGAGGAAAGUUUGGAAAGUCAAAAAAGAAAAAGAAUACAAAGAAGUGAAAUGGGUGAAGUCUGACGAUCUUCAUUAUGUUUGUUCCAUUCUUCUAGUUGGUGAUCCAAUUUUCCUUCUAUUUGUUUGUUUUACAAGCUUUUCAACCAUUCAUCUAAAAUUACCAGGUAAUUUACUUUGGUUUAGUAGCUUCUUAUGAAAACUUAAAUGGUGAAAAUUUGCGGAUGAGGGGAUCUAGUGCUGCAUUUUUCUUGUAUCAUGAACAAGUAAAAGCAAAUUCCGAAUCAGAUUUUUUUUUGGCUUAUCAAAUUUUAAAAUAGAUGUUAAUGUUUCUGGCAGAAAAGGUGGUGGCGGUUACAUUUUUAAGAUAUGCUGACUGGGUCAGGCUGGGGUGAAGUUGCUAACCCACUAGGCUGUGUUUAACUUGAUCUGUCACAGCCAAGCCCGAGCCUGGCAUGACUAAACUUGAGUUUGGCACUAUUAAAAUGUGAAUGAGUCUUCAUCAUCAACCUUUGCUGAUUCCUCUUUCUCUUUCUCUUCAGCUUUCCCAUUGCUUCCGUCUUGGUUGAAAAUCACAAUAAUUUUUGAGGAUGACAAGCAAGUGCUGGACCCAGAUGCCACUAGAAGCAAGGUGUAUUUUUUUGUCAUGUCUUUUAGGUCCAAACUACUGUCUUUUAAAACAUUCUUUGUACUCUUUUCCAUCCCAAUUCUCUCUCGUUACCAAGAAGAAUGGGUAGCCAUAGAACAACUAUUUCAUGAUUAAGCACAUGAUGCUCACAUAUUUUUGAUCAAAUGAGAAUAUUAUAGUA